AUGGUCCAGCGAGCGCCGGGCCCCCGGCGGAGUCCCUGGAGUGCCACCGUCCUGGCAGCCGCCCUCCUACUCUCCUGCCUGCCGCCGGCGCCGGGCCAGGCCCCCCUCUUCGCCAUCCGCCAGGACCCCGCGGCCGCCCGGGCAGGGGGGGACGUGUCUUUCACGCUGGAGCCGGUGCCCGGUGACAUUGUGUUGUGCUCCUGGUUCCGGGCGCCUGUCGCCGACCUGGCCUUCGAGAUCUUCAACUACUUCAAGGUGUCGGAGCUGGGGCAGACCAACGGGCCGGCGUACACCGGGCGGGAGACGGGCGCCGCCGACUGCUCCAUGCGCAUCAGCCGCCUGUGGCAGAACGACACCGGCGUCUACACCGUGGCCGUGCGGCACCCCAGCACCACCACCAUCGCCAGCAUCAACCUGACCGUCCACGGCCCCGGUGACACCGUCUGUCUCCUGUGCAGUCCCCCUGACACAGCCGGCAGUGACGCCGGACAAUGUGACGACAACCGCACGCUGACGGUGCGGCCGGCGCAGCGGGGUGAUGCCGGCGCCUACGUGUGCCAGGUCAGCAACGCCAUCAGCACCAACCGCAGCGACGAUGCCACUGUCACCGUCGCCUACGGUCCCGACGCCGUCACUGUCACCCCGCCGGGGCCCCUCGACCUGCCGGCCGGGUCCCCCGUGACGCUGACUUGCGCUGCCACCGCUGCUGUCCCGGCCCCCCGGUACACCUGGUUUUUUGGGGUGACCCAGCACCUGGGGGCCACCUGGGUCCUCGACCGCCUGUCCCUGGCGCACGGGGGGGCCUAUGUCUGCCAGGCCACGAACCCCCACAGCGGCUGCAGCCGGAACAGCUCCCGGCUCGAGCUGAGGGUCUGGGAGCCGCUGACGCAGCCGGUGGUGACGCCGGACAACGUGACGGUGACAGAGAACGAGACCAUCACCCUGACCUGCCGCAGCCCCCCCAGCACCCAGACGGUGGCCUGGCUGCACCACGGGGCGCUGGUGUCGGCCGGUGGCCGCUUCUCCCUGUCCCCGGACAACCACACGCUGACGGUGCGGCCGGCGCAGCGGGGUGAUGCCGGCAUCUACGUAUGCCAGGUCAGCAACGCCAUCAGCACCAACCGCAGCGACAAUGCCACUGUCACCGUCACCUAUGGCCCCGACAGCGUCACCAUCACCCCCCCGGGCCCCCUGCGGCUGCGGCUGGGCUCCCGCCUGGAGCUGCGCUGCGCCGCCGCCGCUGCCCCCCCGCCCCUCUUCGCCUGGGCCCGCGGCAACACCAGCCUGGCCGCCGGCAGCCGCCUGUGCCUCGACUUCGGGGACCCCGGCCAGGCCGGAUGA